UGUUCUAUACUUGGGUUCGACUUGGGUUAGACUUGUCUUUACUGUCUUAGACGCUUCAAAUAUCAUCUUAUCAUCUAUAGACUGCGCGCUUGAACUGUAUACGCUGUUACGCUGUAUACGCCGUAUCCAAGAUGGACAUCCAGAUCCUCCCGCUCUCACGUUCAGAUAUCGCACAGGCUGUAGAAUGCAUCCAGACCGUCUUUGCCGAUGAUCCUUUCUUCCAGUACAUGUUUGACCAGAACACCUAUAACAUCGCCCGCAAUGCAGCCUCCCUCUCGGCACACUUCCUGCACGGACUAGCUAUCCACGCCCCCAUCUACGUCGCCAAAGCAACAGCCAAAGCAGCAGCCUCAGAUCGAGCCUCAGAUCGGAUCGUCGGGGUCUGCUGGUGGCAUCCGCCCACGCCCGCGGGCGUCCCCGCGCCCCUGGCCCAUCGCACCCAGGAUCUCUUACUCUCAGUGCGCCAGCUCCUUUUCAAUAUCCGGUACCGCGGCCGCGGCGGGCUUCGACUAGACCGCUACCGGCAGUGGAAAGCUCUGCAGGCACAGAAACAUCGCAGGAUCUGGACCGAUCCACGCGGCUACUACUUUUGCAAUGUGAUCGCCGUCCGCGCCGAAAUGCGUGGACUUGGUCUCGGCCGGCGGUUGGUCGAGGUCGUCACUGAGAGAGCAGACGAGGAGGGAAUGCCCUGUUACUUGGAGAGCUCGAAGGGGAUGCCGAACCUGGCGAUCUAUCAGAAACUCGGGUUUGAGGGGGUCGGGGAAAUUGAGUGUGUGGAUGGGAAUGGGAAGGAAGCAUGUACAGUGAGUCUCUCCCCUCUACGCCUUUCUCAUUGA